AUGGCGUCGGCAUACAGCGCAUACCGUGGCGCUACCAGAGAUUCGCAGUUCACGGUCACGGCACUUGGGCGAUGGUCCGUUUUGCCGAAGCAGCUCCCAGCUGUCGACAAGAUCCGAGUUCUUCACGUUUACGAUUUCGACAACACAUUGUUCAAAACCCCCAUGCCAAAUCCAGCAUUGUGGACUGGGCCGACGAUAGGAUUGCUCGCGACUCAAGAUGCAUUCACUAGCGGUGGAUGGUGGCACGACAACAGGAUCCUCUCAGCAACCGGUGAUGGCGUUGAAAUGGAAGAGGCGCGUGCUUGGGAAGGAUGGUGGAAUGAAAAGGUCACCGAACUUGUCAAGCUGAGCUCGAAGCAGCAGGACGCUCUCUGCGUGCUCUUGACUGGCCGUUCUGAGCAUGGUUUUGGCGAGUUGAUUAAGAGAAUGGUUGCAAGCAAGGAGCUUGACUUCGACAUGGUCUGUUUGAAGCCCAGAGUCAGCCCUUCCAACCAAAACUUCCAAAACACAAUGCACUUCAAGCAGCUCUUCUUUGAGGCGCUCAUGGAGACAUACCGAGACGCUGCCGAGAUCAAAGUCUACGAGGACCGGCCGAAACACACAAAGGGAUUUCGAGACUUUUUUGCGGAAUACAAUCGGCGCCAGGUGGCGAUGCCGAGUCGAGGGACUAUAACUGCCGACGUUGUUCAAGUGUAUGAUGCUUUACGGCUUCUCAACCCUGUUGUUGAAGUUGCGGAAAUUCAGCACAUGAUCAACCAGCAUAACGAAACCCUAGCCAAAGACUGUCCUCCCUCCAGGUCCAAACUUAUGAUUAAGAAGACAGUCUUCUUCACUAGCUACAUGAUUGGUGCCGAUGAUAUUAAAAAGCUUCUGAAGCUGGCGCAGAUUCCUCCGGGCAUAUCAAAUAACGACCUCAAGUUUCACGCCAACAACAUCCUCAUUUGCCCUCGGCCAUGCCCGGCGAGUAUACUGGAAAAGGUUGGCGGCAUGGGAAGCAGGAUGUUGUGGGAAGUGACUGGCACCGCCUGCUAUGACAACUCCAUCUGGGCUGCUUCGGUGCGCCCCGUGCCGCAUACUGCCAAGUUUCACACUGAUAAUCCCGUACCACUCGUGGUGCUUGCCCUCAAGAAGGGGGCACGCCCUGUGGAUGCGGGGAAAAUCACCAGCUGGCAGCCUCUGCCGAUUGAAGAACGCUUUACAUUCGAGACGACGGUCGGAGAAAAAGUGAUUCUUCGUAUUGAGCCUGAAGGCCCUAAAGAGGAUGAGUACCAAAGCUUGUUUGUUAACAAAUCAUCCAAGCGUAAACAUCCUCCGGAUGAUGAGUACCCAGGCAAGGCGCCGGCGCAGUACGGCGGCCGAAACGAGUCCAGAGGCUUUCACUCUGGCAGAGGACGAAACAAAGGUGGCAACUCACGCGGCCAUCGCGCUGCUAGGGGCGGCGGACGAGGUGGUCGUAACCGCGGCCACGGCUACCGCUCUCUGGACGACGUUGAUCCCAAGGGCAAAGAUGCCGCCGGUUCAAGCUCGUUUGGCCGAGGUCGACCCAUGGGUGGACAGCCAUCCAGUGGUUCAGAUCUACAGAGUUACUAUUAG